AUGUUGGGUAGACUCGUGGGACCUAUAUCCAGGACAGCCGUCAUCGGCAGUUGUAAACCUCAAGGGUUUAUGGUUAUGAGUACCGUUAAAAGAUCAUUUAACACCAACAAUACAUUGCAUAAUACUAAUAGUGGAAGUUUGUUUGGAAAUUUAACACAGUCAGCCCGAACUAUAGAUAGUAAUAAACAAAUCACACCAAAAGAAGAAGAGGAAGUCGAAAGUCUAAACAAGAAUGAUAAUAAAGAUCCAUAUAAAAAGGAUUUAAGUGUUUCUGAAAAUGAUGAAGAAUUACAAAAAUUUCAUCAAGAGAAUGCUGAAAAGGAUCAAAUUUUGGUUGAAAAGUAUGUCACACCAUUGAAAAGAGCAUUAUUUGAACAAGUUGUGAAAAAGCAUGGAUUUUUCAAGAAUAAUGAAAUUAUCACUAAUGAAGAAGAUGGAAAGACUUAUAAAAUUAAUUUAACCCCUCAAGAAAUUGAAGUUUUAGAACCAUCUGUACUUGUUCAAUCAUAUCGUUUAAAGAGUUCUCUUAAGAAAGCCACUGUUGUAAAUAGAUUCGUAAGAGGUAUGCCAGUUAAAAAUGCUAUUAAUCAAUUACAUUUUAAUCCAAAGAAAAUGUCUACAGAAGUUGAAAAAUUAUUAAAAAGAGGUCUUGAAUUAGCAAAGAAAGCUGGUCUUGAAGAAGAUAGUCUUUAUAUUGAUGAAUUAUGGGUUGGUAGUGAUGGUAAGUGGAAAAAAAGACCAGAUUGGAAAGGUAGAGGUAGAGUUGGUAUAAUUAAACAUCCUUUUGUUCAUGUAAAAGCUGUUUUAAAGACUAACCAAACCAGAUUAAGAAGACAAUUUGAAAAAGAUUCAAAACAAACGAAACCAAGAAUGUUCUUAAAUAAUGAACCAUUGAAUUUCAAAGUUAGACCAUUUUAUAAGUGGUGA